UGAAGGGGAAGGGUAGCAAAAAAUGAUAGAAAUCGGCUCUUUUUAAAAUCUUACAAAAAAUUAUUUUGGUUUUUACGUCGUAAACAAUGGAAACUGGUUCACCCGUCCCAUAUAAUGGAACAUCAGAAUCCCGUUUUCAACACGAAGAAAACCAAAAAAAGCAACUGCAACUAACACCAGAAGAAGUACGAGUAUUACAAGAAUGUAACAAGGAGAGUUUUUAUUACAGGUGCUUGCCAUUUGCUAUGGUAGGUAUGGCUGGAACUUUCUUUGCCGUGAGAAAUGGCUAUUUGAGUUCACAUCCAAAGUGGGGACCAAGCUUGAAAAUGACAGGUGCUGCAUUUGUUGGUUGGAUAUUGGGAAAAUUCUCAUAUAGAAAAAUUUGUGAAGAAAAGUUUUUGCAUGUAAAAAAUGGUCAAAUUGCAAAUGCCAUACGAAAAAAGAGAGGUCUUACCACUGAAACAUUUGAUAGUGAAAUUUCUUCUACGACUUAUCAAGAUGACCUCUCAAUGAAAGAUGACAGAUUUACUUAUUUCACAGAUAAGGAUUAUCACUCAAGUUUAGGAUCUUUAAAUUUAGAUACUGAUAAAAAUAUUCAAUACUCUGGGCUAGAUGAUCGUGAGAGGCCGUCUACUGAUCGUGAAAACCAAAUGCUCUCUGAAGAUAUUAAACCAACAGGAAAGAUUGUCACUUAUGAUGAACUACGCAUUAAAAACAGAGAAGAGUAUGAGAGACAAUCGAGAAAGCCACAAGCACCUCAGUCCAGUAGUGGGCCACAAAGACCUUGGGCCAGUGUCGACCCUCCAAAACGUUACAACGAACCUGCCGAAAGUUCCUCACGAAAUGUAUACGGCGACUCUUGGGAUAGUCCAAAGUUUAAUUAAAUGUAAUGUUCAUCCAUAAAGUUACUUUUUCUUAGUGCCUUUUAAUUAAAAUUGAAAUGUAUAUAGUA